AUGUCGCUUAAGUAUGAUUUCAACGGUAAGGUAGCUCUGAUAACUGGUUCGAGUUCGGGUAUCGGUGCGGCCACUGCUAUACUGUUUGCCAAAUCGGGUGCCAAUGUUGUAGUUACCGGCCGUAAUGCCGAUGCUGUGGCCAAAGUGGCCAAACAAUGUACAGAUGUGUCACCGAAACAGUUGACUGCACUGGAAGUUGUCGCCGAUCUGACUAACGAAGAGGACUGUAAUCGACUGAUUGAGACAACUGUCCAAACAUUUGGCAAAAUUGAUGUAUUGGUCAACAAUGCCGGCACUGGUAUUAUGGCGUUAAUUGAUGACACAAAUUAUAUGAAACAAUUUUCGCUGGCAUUGAAAACAAACUUGAAUUCAGUGGUUUAUAUGACACACAAAUGUGUCCCGCAUUUGGCCAAAACUCGCGGCAAUAUUAUCAAUAUAUCGAGUAUUGCAUCGAAAAGAUCAUUGUAUGGUUUGUCUCCUUAUUGUAUGUCGAAAGCCGGGGUCGAUAUGUUUACCAAAUGUAUGGCCGCAGAGUUGGGUCCCCAACGUAUCCGAGUUAAUGCAAUACUACCCGGGACUGUUGCCACAAAUUUUAUGGAUGUAUUUGAGUUGCCGAUAGAAAUGGUGGACAAAACAUACGAAACAGUUGGCCAGAAAUAUCCGGUCGGUAGGGUUGGCCAGAGUCAGGAUAUAGCCAACACUGUUGCCUAUUUGGCCAGCGAUACGGUGGCCGGGUUUAUAACCGGCAGUAUUGUUGUGACCGACGGCGGACAUUUGGCCGCCAAUGUGUCGUAUGAAUAG